AAGCUUUUAGAACAUGUUCGUGCUGGCACUGCUAGAAGAUACCGUUGCUGUGAAGCCUCACGAACUCGAUAAGGAGCUGGGAUCGGUGCUCAGACGUCGUAUCAAUCAGAGGCUCUCAAAUAAAGUAGUGCCAGAGUUGGGGCUCUGCAUUUGCGUAUACGAUCUACUAGAAGUGGGUGUCCUCUACAUCUUACCUGGCGAAGGCAGUGGACAUACGCGAGUUAAGUUCCGUCUCGUUGUAUUCCGACCACAUGUUGAUGAGGUAAUCCAAGCACGAGUGGUCGCAUCUAAUAGUCAUGGCUUGAAAUUAUCUGUGGAGUUUUUCGAAGAUAUCACAAUACCUGCUGAACGACUCCCUGAGCCACAUGUAUUCGAACAGAGCGAACAGGUUUGGUAUUGGGAAUAUCCAGCAGAAGACGGACAACCACCCGCAAAACUUUAUAUGGACCCCGGAAAGACAGUUCGUUUUCGAGUUGUUGAAAAUAUAUUCAGAGAUGUUAAACCAAAUCUGACCCCUGAAGAGGCUCAGAAAGAGAAAUCGUAUGAAAUAAUUGGCACUAUGGCAGAAACUGGUCUCGGUUGUGUUGCAUGGUGGUCACAAGCGGAGGAAGAUGCUGGUGAAGAGGGUGAGGAUAUGGAAGAAGAGUGAUGGGAAGUGUGAAUCUCGCAAUUAUUGUUCAUAAU